AUGCUGAAUGGAACGUACCCCGAAAGACAUUUGUAUCGAUUUUCAUCGGGCGGCAGAACAAAUAUUUAUGGGUUGUCAGUAGUUUCAAUCCCAAUUUCAUCCCCGCCGUCUGAUGUAAAUUCCUCUGAUUAUGCAAAUGAUGAAUAUACGCAAUUGUUUCCAAAGACUAAGAAUCUUGUCUUUGUCAGUGCAUUUCACAAUGUCGUUUGCUUGAUCAAUGCAAGUAAUCAUUGGAAAGUGGUCGAGUUACCACUUGGUGAAGAUGGCGGCGAGAUAGUUUCAUUGACUGCAUUCACGACGAAUCAGACAAAUUUAUUCCUUGUAUUAACAGUUGUCAAUCCCAAAAUGAAAAUAGAAGUAGAUGACGAAGUUAUCCAUGACUUUGCCCUUCGAAUAUAUUCUUGUCAAGACAUUCUAUCCGACGGUGGGCUUGUCCGCUUAAUGCGUAACGUUCAAGUAAUCAAGAUAGAUUUCACUCCAACACAAGUCGUUUACACAACAUUCGAGAAACGCGACCAACUACUUAAUUGUAUAAUUGUCUGCGGAUUAGACGGGACUACUCAUUUGUACACUGAAAGUGCAACCAGAGGCAAAUGGGAUGAAGAAAAAGAUCAACUCUACUUUCCAUUAUUACGCGAAUUGGCUAUUGAUAGAACUAGCAUUACAGCACUUGAGAUAUGUGACGUUAGUAACAUGAGAAUCAUAGUAGCUGGAUGUAACAAUGGACUAUUGCAUUUGGCUAUCAUGGAGAGAGAUCUAUCGACCGGAAAUUAUGCCAGAGUCAAAUUGAAUGUAUCGACCGACCUAUCAAGUCUGAUAUUCUCUAUAGUUGUAUUCCAGUCAUCCCCAAGUAAAGGCGACAUCCAUCUUGUGGUCACGUGUGCGAUCGAACGAGCAAUAAUUUUCAGACUUCCUAAUGAGAGUUUCUACAUACUUAGGUCUAUUGAUCAGAAGGGUCUAUCGUCUCCAUUCUAUCUACCAGAAUCUACGCAGUACGAUAGCAUACUAUGUGCACACGUUGCUGAUGUGGAUUGGGAUGCAAAGAAGGAAGUGUUGAUCGGAAGUUAUGGCAGACAGUUGUUAAUAUACAAAGAAUGUGUGAAUGAGGAUGGUGAAUUGGAAUACUAUUUAGCGUCGAAACGCGGUUAUCCACAUCCCAUAUAUGGAAUUCAAACGGUUGACCUGAAAGAGAACCAUAUGUGCGAACUAAUAAUAAACACACAAUAUGGAAUACAUGUAGAAGAGCCCAAUGGUGAAAUAUUCAAUGCGAAGCUUCUAGAGCUAGUAAGUGAGUUCGACACGACGACCGAGCCGACCGAGCCAACAGAGCCGCCAGAACCGCAAGAGGACAACGAAGUUAGUGUUGAACAAGAAUCAUGA